AUGCCCCAGAAAUUGACCGUCGCCGUGGCCCAGGCCCGCACCCGAUCGGACUUGCCAUCCACCCUAGCUGCAUUGAAGCGCAUCACAGCCCACGCCGCAUCUCAAGGCGUUCAACUAAUUCUAUUCCCUGAAGCGUAUCUGGGCGGAUACCCGCGAACUUGCGAUUUCGGUGCCGCGGUGGGCGCUCGUGGUGCUCAUGGCCGUGAACAAUUCCUGAAGUACUUCCAGUCGGCGGUAGAUCUAGGCGAUACACCGGCUGGAGCCGGUGAUGACUGGGUGGAGCGCAAACUCCCCACUGCUCCGGGUAAAAGCUCUCGUGGAGAUGGAACAAGAGAGUAUCUUGAGCAGGUGGCUCAAGAAACUGGUGUUUUCAUUGCCACAGGUUUGAUCGAAAAGGCUGCUGGUACUUUGUACUGUUCGAUGGUCUUUGUGGAUCCCUCGCGCGGUAUCAUUGGGAAGAGAAGAAAGGUUAUGCCAACUGGUUCUGAGCGUCUUGUUUGGGGACAGGGCUCGGCAGCGAGCUUGAAAGCUGUCACCACCGAGAUCAAUGGUGUUAAGCUCACUAUUGGUGGAGCUAUCUGCUGGGAGAACUUCAUGCCUCUUCUUCGACAGAGUCUGUAUUCGCAGAAUGUGAAUCUUUAUCUAGCACCUACUGCUGAUGCUCGCGAUACCUGGCUUCCACUGAUGCGGACUAUUGGUGGUGAAGGACGCACUUUUGUCCUCUCUUCAAACCAAUGCGUGCGGUACAAUGAGCUUCCAUCUUGGAUCACUGAUCAUGCGCCCACACAAGAGGAUGGAAGUCGUUACGUCUGCCGAGGUGGAUCAUCUAUUGUCGGUCCCAUGGGAGAGGUUUUGGCAGGUCCAAUUUGGGAGGUUGCUGUCGAUGAUACCAUCGAUGCCGAAGACGCGGCCAACUCCCAGAAUCACGAUGGAUUGGCCAUCUCGGAGAUUGACCUUGAAGAUUGUGAACGGGGCAGACUUGAUAUGGAUGUCGCAGGUAGCUAUUCUCGGAAUGACGCGUUCAAGCUCACGGUGGAAGGACUUGACUUGAACCCUCCGCCGUUUUAG